UUUAUGAAAAUUCAGACAAUGUGGCUUUAAUGGGCGUGCAAGCGACGCCUUUUGAAACAUUACAGACUGCCCACACUGUCCCAGACGUUGUUGCAGAGGAGAUCGAGAAGCGAUCUAAGAAUCACAAUAGCGAAAACGACAAAAAUAACAAUGGUAAUAUUAACAAUGCCGCAUUAGCGUACUGUUUUACACAUUUUUUGGAAGUCAUGGGUAAUAAAUGCAUCAAUCAGGAAAUGAAGCGUUGCCCAGGGGUACAUCUUUGCCUAUAUCCUUGACCUAAUGUUAACACGUAACGUGUUAUAAUUACACAUCUCUGAUCAGCGAUGAAGCGAAACUAGAAUAACAGUACGUGUCACCUAGUUCCAGGAAAAGCCCAACUGCAAUCUUCGGGAUCAGUCUGUCUUUCUUAUGCAUUGCAAGCUCAUACAUGCUUUAAUGCUGCCAACUGCUCUAACUCGUUUAAGUGCGUUUGCUGCGGGGACGCGCCGAUCGCCUUGGUUUGGUCACAGCUUAUCGUACAUCUUCCGUACAUCGUCAGUCGGCUUCUUGUGGCUCUAAUAUGCUGCAACGUCUUCUCCACCAGUUCAACUGGUGUGUUACGCACAAGGGAACCAACAUCACGGAAGUUUGCACUAGUGAAAUGUGUAGUUUCAAAUGCAUUAGGACCGCGGGGACGCCCUCUGAAUUUCACUGAAGGGGAGCAAUACGUACUGCAGGCAGCACAUAACCGGUGUUAAAACCGGCUGCCUCUCUGCCCCUGAGCACCUGAACUAGUCACCAGCCGGACAAGGGCAUCCUGUCUGUUGUCAUUUUCUAUGCAAAAAUUAUUUUUCGGAUAUCCGAGAGAUGGGAACCCUUUUUUCGGCGCCAGACGACCACUUCCAAGAUUUAUCAGAGAAGACGGGAUUUUCCCCGGAGCAGAUCCAAAUUCUGCACAAGAGGUUUAAGCAGUUGAGCAACGAAGAGGACUUGCUACGGAGAGAUGACUUUAAUAACAUCCCGGACCUGGCCUGUAACCCAAUACGGACCCAAAUCAUCGAAGCCUUCUUCGACAAAAGGAACUUCCGGCAGAAUGCCGUGGGCUCGGUGGAGGAGAUCAGCUUCGAGCAGUUCGUCGUGGUCAUGUCGCAUUUCCGACCAGUGCCGCUGCACAACAUGACCGAAGAGCAGAGGGAACGCAUGAGGAGAGAGAAACUCCGCUUCCUGUUUAACAUGCACGACACCGAUAAUGAUGGGACCAUCACGCUGGAGGAAUACAAGCAUGUGGUGGAGGAGCUCCUGUCUCGCAGCGGCGCCAUAGGGAAGGAGACCGCCAAGGGGAUCGCUGAUGCCGCCAUGCUGGAAGUGGCCAGCAUCACAGUGGGCCGCAUGAACCCUGAGGACUUCUAUGAAGGCAUCACUUUCGACCACUUUUUAAAGAUCCUGAAAGACAUUGAGAUCGAAACAAAGAUGCACAUCCGCUUCCAGAACAAUGCCUGUGCGCUGUGUUAAUGAGCUCAUCUCCUCCCUGGCCGCAUAUCCAGCUCCGGCACUCACAUGGUCUCCCAAGAUUUGCAAAUGGGCAAGUAGACUUUUACAAGCAAAACAAAUAGGAAAAAAAACAUCAGUGAUGUUUUCUAGAAUGUAAUUCUAGAAUGUACCUUUUUUGACCUUGUUACUCAAAUUAAUACCCAUAUAUUCACACAUCUAUGCAGAUCUAGAAUUGACCAAAUAUACUUAGUGAAUACGGAUGCAACUCUAUUAACACUGUAGUCUAUGUGAUGCCUAGAGAUGCUCAAAAAAGUAAAUAAUACAGAAAUAUGCAAUAAUAUGCACGUAAUGUACUUGCUGGUGCCUGUUUCCAUUGCCCUAAAUUUAGAUGCACGCACACUAUGCAGUAUUCUACUAUGUGCAAUAAGACGGAUGUUGUCACCAGCAUACAAAUAUCAGUCACACAUUAAAUGGCAUGAGAACUAUAUGAGUAAACACUGUUGGGUUUCCAUAUAUAUUGUCAUAUACACAUCCCCAUGAAAAGCCUAUAUAUUUGCAUGGAAAUACCUGCACACAUCAAUUAUUAAGACUAGAAGGGGAAAGAUAUAGGCCUAUUGGCCAUAACAUUAAAACCACCACUGACCCACUGAGGCAUGGGUUCCGCAAUACCUCUGAAGGUGUCCUGUGGCAUCUGAAACCAAGAUAUUAGCAGAAGAUCCUUUAAGUCCUGUAAGUUGUGAGGACUCCAUGUAUUGGACUUGUUUCUCCAGAACAUCACCACGAAUGCCGCAAUCAGACUGAGAUCUGAUGAAUUUGGAGGCCAAGUCAACUCCUCGAACCUUUUUUCAUGUUCCUCAAUCCAUUCCUAGACAUUUUUUUUUGCAGGGUGGCAGGGUGGAUUAUCCCGUUGAAAGAGGACAUCGAGGAAUACUGUUGCCAUGAAGCGGUGUACCUGGUUAUUUAGGUGGUAUGUGUCAAGGUAGCAUCCACAUGAAUGUCUAGACCCAAGGUUUCCUAGCAGAACAUUGGCCAGAGGAUCACGCUGCCUCUGUCAGCUUGCUUUCUUCCCAAAAUGCGCAGUGUUGCCAUUUCAUCCCCACACACACAUCCAGCCCACAUGAUGCAACAGAAAAUGUGACUCAUCAGACCAGACCACCUUCUCCCAUUGCCCCUUGAUCCAGUUCAGACUCUCACAUGUUGUAGGCGCUUUCAGAGGUGGACAGGGAUCAGUAUGCGCACUCUGACUGGUCUGCCCCAAACUCAGCAAGCUGCAAUGCACUGAGUGUUCUGGCACCUGUCUGUCAUAGGCAGCAUUAACUUUUUCUAAAACUACAGUAGCUCUCCUGUGGGAUCGGACUAGGCAGGCUAUCCUUUGCUCCCCACGCUCAUCAAUGAGCCUUGGGCACCAUUGACCCCAUUGCCAGUUCACUGUUUGGCCUUCCUUGGCCUUCCUACUGACCACUGCAUGCUGGGAACAUCCAACAAGACCUACCGGUCUGCAGAUGCUUUGAUCCAUUCGUCUAGCCAUCGCAUUUUGCCUCUUAGAUCCCUACACUUCCUCAUUUUCUUGCUUCCAACGCAUCAACUUCAAGAACUGACUGUUCCCUCGCAUAAAUAACAUAAAUAACCCUCGUCAGGUGCCAUUUUAGAAAGAUAACCAGUGUUAAUCAUUUCACCUGUCAGUGGUUUUAAUGUUAUGAUUGACCGGUGUAUAUUCCAGGAAUAUUGUCAGGAAUAAAGACAUUGUGGUUCUCUCCAUGCAUGUUUCACGUCCAGGUUCCAUCACACGUGUCAGCAAGCCCGUGGAGCAGUGUUUAGGGCUGUGACCUAUGAGCACGGCCAUCUAAGCUCUUUACAUUACGUUCUAUGAGUAAUCAGUCAUGUUAAAUGCGAGCUUCAGCUAAGUAACAAAAAUCAAUACCAUCGCACAACUUUCGGUGCCAGUCAGCCUGUCAGGGGUUAACAGAUACAGUGUUAAACAAUAUUCUGAGAGGUUUUUUUUUUUGUCAUUUUGGAGACCUGCAUUGAAGUUACCUCCUUCCAAAUCAAACAUAGGGACUGUUAUUUAAAAAUCUCUGUGUUUUGCUGAGAACAGUAAUCUUAAGCCUUCCCAAAAUGUUAGUGGCCUGUAUGGUAUGACUGAAUGCAGAAACGUCUUCAUACUGGGUUAGUGUGGAGCUGCAGUUCUACACGCGCAGACUAGCACCUGUUUGAUCUGGGUAUCGCUGACUUUUUAUUUUUUUUCUCCUCUUUUGUUUGUUAGUAUUGCCCUCUAGUGGUUUUCAUGUGUAUGACAGACAUUCUCUGGAACGUCUACAAAGAGCAGAAAUAUCUUUUUAAACUUUCUCUUAGAAAAAGAGCUGUUAGGUCCUCUUACUUUGGUAUAAAUUCCAACUGUGCCUUCCAUAAUAGCUUGUUUUUAUCGACAAGUGUUUGCAUGUGAAUGAACACAAUAUAUUUGUCGAAUAAAAUAUUUAAAACCUA